AUGGCUCAAACUAUGGGCACCUUGACAGGACCAGCAAAAUUGGCUGCAGUGACCGACCUUCUGGACAGAUUGAGUAAAGAUCUGGAGACAAUCAGUCUUCUGCCGCAUCAGCGUGACGCUGCACUAGAAGAGCUCAAGGUAUACGGAAGGGACCCCAGAAAUGCAGAUCCUAUUUUCACGAAACAUGGAAUUGAGACUUUGUCGAGGCAUGCGUUCAACAGCCCUUCAAGUACAACGUCCAGGAACGCUCUCCGUUGUCUCUGCAAUGCAUUGUUACUCAACGCGGAUACCCGCCAGAUCUUUGCUGAUCUCAACUACGAAUCGAAAGCUUGCAACAAAUUAAAGAAUGACAACCGAGACGAUGAAUUCCUUAUCUCGAGAAUUAUUUUUUUGACCACAUAUGCCAAAGUAGACUUACAUGACUUGAUUGACAAGCAUCACAUCGGCGAGGCCAUCAUCAAGAACCUGGAACGGCAUGCCAAACGCGUCACGAUUGGAGCACCGUCAAUCGACCCCAUGGAAGGGAUGGCUUUAAUCGAAACGCUUAAGCUACUAUUUAACAUAUCCCACUACUGCAAGGAUCGGACAUCAGAAUUUACUGCGGCUGUUCCUCACAUCAUUACACUUAUCUGUCAAGGAUCUUAUCCGACGAGUAAACCACUUGAUGCGCCCGUGGUUUCUCUGGUCAACGCCUUGUUGAACCUCGAUAUUGGGGCAAAGGAAGUUCAGGCAUCACUUUAUCCUCCGGCUGAAGCGACACAGCUAUCAGACCGCUUGAUCGGCCUACUCAAGGCAUCAAGCAAAGUAUACAACAACGAGGAACUCGAGAAUACAGUUACUGCUCUGAUUGGUGUCAUACGAGGACUUCAUGAGUAUGCUCCAGAGGAUGUUAAAACAUCACUGCGAGCCUCUCUGCUGCCAACAGAAGAUGAUCGCAAGGAAGUAUUGGGUCGAAGCCCUACAAUAGCGUCAUGGCUGCUUCGAAACUCUACGAACCCUGUCACGCCGCAACUACGCGAGGCCAUUUCCGAUCUCCUCUUCGACAUGUCCGACAAAGAUUCGUCCAAGUUUGUCCAAAACGUUGGGUAUGGCUUCGCUGCCGGGUUUCUCUUCAGUAGAGGACUUCCCGUGCCGCAGAAUGCGCAAGAGGGCUUUGCUGAUGCCGAUGUCGAGUCUCGUCCGGUAAAUCCUAUCACUGGCCAAUUCCUGGACGCGGAAAUACACCCAAAUAUCCCUGAAAUGACCGAGGAUGAGAAAGAAAGAGAGGCAGAGCGGCUAUUUGUCUUGUUCGAGAGGUUGAGAGCCAAUGGCGUAAUUUCUGCAGAGAAUCCGGUGCGGGUAGCCCAGCAAUCAGGACGGUUCGAGGAGCUACCCGAUGAUUACGAAGAAGAGGACGACGACUAG